CCUCCUCUCAUUUCACACUAAGCAAUAAAUUUUCACGAAGGAGAAAAAAAAAAAACAAAAAAAAUUCUCAAAAUCAUGUCUCUUGAAACAUCAUCAUCAAUAUCAAACACCAACCAAAGAAUAGUAAUAUGCAUAGGAGAUAUCCAUGGAUACAUAACCAAGCUUCAAAACCUCUGGUCAAAUAUCCAAACCCUCAUCCCACCUUCUGAUUUCAUCAAUGCCCACGUCAUCUUUCUUGGUGAUUACUGUGACCGUGGUCCAGACACUCGAUCAGUUCUCGACUUUCUUAUUUCACUCCCUUCAAAAUACCCAAAUCAAACCCAUGUGUUUCUUGCCGGAAACCACGACUUUGCGUUCGCGGCGUUUUUGGGUGCAAUCCCGCCGCCCCCAGAUGGUUCAAGGUUUAGUGACACGUGGGCAGAGUUCGAAAUGAAUGAAGAAAGGGAAGGUUGGUAUAAAGAUUUUGGAUAUGAGAAUAUGCAUUUGCAAGGUAGAAGGUGGGCUGGAAAGAUUACUGUUCGGUUUAAUGCUGUAAAAGGGACUGAAUAUCAAGGUUCUAUUUAUGAUGCUGCACCUACUUUUCAUUCUUAUGGUAUUCCUCAUGGCUCCCCUGAUUUGAUGAAAGCAGUUUCUGAUGAACACAAGAAGUUUCUUGCUGAUUUGGUUUGGAUCCAUGAACGAGAUAAUGUGUCCAUAGAGACAGACAAAGGACUUAAAUCCUGUAAAUUGAUAGCGGUUCAUGGCGGUUUGGUUAGAGGAGAGGAUGUUGGAGAGCAGAUUAAAUAUUUGAAAGCCAAGGACACCAGGAUUCCUAAGGUGGAGCCUCUCAGCGGGAGAAAAAGCGUAUGGGACAUUCCUGAGGAGCUAUCAAAAACCUCGACAAUUGUGGUAAGUGGUCACCAUGGUAAGCUUCACGUGGACGGUCUUAGACUAAUUAUUGAUGAAGGUGGUGGACUCGAACAGAAUCCCGUGGCUGCAAUCGUGCUCCCUUCAAAGACUAUUGUUCGCGACACUGAUAAAUUAGGAGAAUGAUUACUCACACGAUGUACAUCACUUGAUAGGUUAAAACAUAAUUCCAAGAGAUAAGAUAUUCAUGUAUUCUUGUAGAAGCAAAUUUUGCAGUUCUUACUAUAAAUCAUAAUUGAACACGUUGGGUUUGAA